AUGGUCUCGGACGAUAUGUCGUCUUACUCACGAGACGUGCUAUCUCUCAUGGUCCCCCGAACCCGACGCCCACCAGCAGUCACUCUUCCCUAUAUACCCUCUCCUAACCCCUUUCACACGCUGGAUCUGUACCUGCCCGAAUCGGGUCUCUGUCCAACCACCAAGUGGCUCAUUUUCAUCCAUGGAGGCUACUGGAGGGACGCCUCCCAGAGCAAAGACGUAGGAGCUAGUAUUCUGACCCGUCUGCCUCCCCACUGGGCCGGAGCCUCGAUCGACUACCGCCUGAGUCCCGAGGUGGAACACCCAGACCACCUUCACGAUGUUACAGCAGCUGUACAGUUCCUCAGAAAUGCAUACGGAAUCAAAACAGCCGUCAUUCUGGCCCAUGGAGCAGGAGCCUGCAUGGCCUUCCAGUACGUGGCAGCUCGUCUGUCGCUUGGAGAAACCUGGGUGAAGCAUAUUGUGGGCUCGGGAGGUGUCUACGACUUGUUGGACGUGUCGCAGUCUUCCCCGUGCUACAAAUCAUACAUUCUAGACGCCUAUGGAGCCGAUGCUGAGAACUGGGAUGACUCGUCCCCCGCAAGACUCGAAUGGGACGCUCUAUACGGCCCUGACGUGGCCGAUCUCAAAUUCACACUCGUCCACUCGAAACACGACACCCUGGUGCCUCUCAGACAGGUUCUGCAGUUUGAAGAUACACUGACCAAGGCUGGCUUUACAGCCACGCUCAGACUGGUGGACAUCCAUGACCACGAUGCUGUCCUUGAGACGUCUGACCUGAUCAAUGUCGUACUGGCUAUCUGCGAGGAGAUGGAUCACAAGGAAGAGCAGCAGUAUCUUAGACUGUUGGAGUAG